AGAUACUGAAAUUUCUGAUUUCAGGAUACUGAACGUCAUUGUUGGAUCAGAUUAUCUCUAUUGUUACCAAACAUCUUCGAAGAAAUUUUUGACAUCAUGUUUUUGUAACUUGGAUUUUCUCAGAAUAAGCUCUAUCCUUACCUAACAUCUAGGAAAAUUGCAGGUUCCUCUUCCAUUUUGUUAUCUCCCGUUGAAUGGGGUAGGGGGACUGAAAUACUGGAUCCAAAUAGUUGGGAUAAGUCUUGGUUUAGUGAUUUGAGAAUCGAGAUGCCCUGUGGAUAUUCUUUGAGAAGAAUUCUGCACCAGACUUGGGUUAAAAGCCAGUGUUUGCCAAUUAACACUAACUUUCUUGUCUUCCAUACAUAUCCCUGUGCGUGUAUUGGACGGAGAUAAGACUUAGGAGAGUUCCGAAUCUAUAUGUUACAGGAGAGUCCCGGAUCUGUAUGUUACCUGCAUUAGAAAGUCUUUUUAUUUUGCUUUUCUUUUGGAUUAGGAAUUUAUUUUUAAAAAGUUUUGGGAGGAAGGAACUCUAAAUAUCACCUUUCACUUCCAAAAUUUUUUAUGGUAUCAAAGCACGCAUUACUGUUCGCUGCGCGACCGACGGUUAUCGGCUGCAGAUCUUGUUCCGACCACAGUCUAUUAUCGACGACUCUGAAGCAUUUAUCUUCCCCCUCGCUUUUUGUAUCGACUGUCUCACCUCCGUCGACACCUUGUCCAGCGCCGCAGGCUCUGUUCCCUCGUCGAGUUUCCUCGCGUUCACCACCGUCUCCGGGUAAAAAGGUUGUACUUCAUCUUCUUCGGACGCUAGACCAAGCGCUCGUUUGAUGCCUGCGACAAUGUGUUCGCUAAAGAACCUGAAGCAUCCGUUACAUAGGACCAUCAACUGCCGAAGAAAACCCCCGCCCUCUGGUUUCGGCGACGUGGAGUUGGGCAGCAAGUAAGCCCAAGCCGCAUGUUUAACAAGACGGUUCUUUAUCGUAAUCUCAUGCCAACUCUGGUUGCAGGUGAAAUUCGGCGAAUAAAUCCCGGCCGCUGGAGAUGGGGACAAUAGGUCCUUCAAACUGGUAUAGUUCGUAGAUUUCAAGGCAACCAUUUCGAGAUAAGAAACAGAUUAGCGAGAAUUCUGAAGCUCUAAUUGUUGGAAUGCAAAAGGAGAUACCUCGCUUUCCUGGAAGAGAGGCAAAUUGUUGGAUCUUUCCACAGUUUGUUCAGGUUUCAGUCUACUGUGUUCGCUCGAACUCCCGCUGCCAAGGAAGCUUCUCGGUCCUUCUUUAAUUCAGGUUUCAGUCUACUGUAUUCGCUCGAACUCCCGCUGCCAUCGAAAGGAAGCUUCUCGGUCCUUCCGCUUCGACGACGCCUGGUUUUCGCUCGGCGUUGCGGGAUCGGAGGAAACCAGGCAGGAGCUCGGGUUUGACUCGGAAUCGGCGGGCUCACUUGUUCUGAUUUCUUCGUGAGUUUCAUUAGGAUCGUCCAUCUACGUGUUUCUUGCAAUAAUGAAGCAGCUCGGACGAAUCUUGCUGAUCGGUUACCAUGACUGCCAACAACGAAAGGAACAGUGAGAGCUCAAGUAAGUCUGAAUGGUGGGGUGACAGACCCCGCGGUACGUCGACUGGGCAUGGAGCAGAUCGAGGAAAAGGGGGUGGACCCUCUGGCGGAUGUGACCGAGGUUCAGCAAAAACUCAUGCUGCUCAUUCAUUGACAGGGCGUGAGGUGGCUGCUAAUGCAGUCGUAACUGACGGAGAUAGGACCAGACUGAACGACCUUAAUGACGAGUAAUGGCAGACUCUUAAUGCUUACAAAACCAGGACUAAUGAAAGACUCUCUAGUAAGAAUUAUUCCACUGAAUGGAUUGUUGACUCUGGGGCAUCACAUCACAUGACAGGGAAUUUAAAUGUGCUCGUCAACACCUAUGAUGUUGCACCUUGUCCUGUUAGCUUACCCAACGGUGCACACACCGAGGCCGUGAAAGAAGGCACAGACUCUUGUAAGCAUGCUUAAUGCUUACAAAACCAGGACUAAUGAAAGACUCUGGACCGCAUCUCGAGGACUCUGAUUGGUGUGGGUGAACAGCUUGAUGGGGUCUAUGUCUUCAAGGGUGUGGCGCCGGUCCGUGCUUACAAGACAGAUGGAAUUGGAUCAUGUGAUUUGUGGCAUUGGAGAUUGGGACACCCUUCUUAUCAAACGGAGGCAAGUUCUUCCAGCUGUUCCACACCUUUUGGAUGUUAUCCAGGUUGAAGGGACGUUUCUAGAUGGGACAAAGUUAAUCACCGUUCAUGACGCUAUUGCCAGUGAAAAUGGAAACUUGGAGUUGGCCUUGCAUGGUUCCUUCCUUCCAGUUCCUUCACUAGACAAAUUUUCGGGAAAAGAUAUUUGUACAAGUCCUGGUGAAAUAAUUUAUGAAGUUGGAAAUAUUACACUUAAUGCCCAUCGGAGAGCAGUGAUUCUUUUAGUUACCAAUACUGCAGACAGGCCAGUUCAGAUUGGAAGUCACUAUCAUUUCAUUGAGGCAAACCCAUAUUUGAUUUUUGAUCGUAAGAGAGCAUAUGGCAUGCGCUUGAACAUACUAGCAGGAACAGCUACUCGAUUUGAGCCAGGGGAAACUAAAAGAGUUACUCUUGUAAGCAUUGGAGGCCAUAAGGUGAUCAAGGGUGGAAAUGGCAUUGCUGAUGGUGCUGUUGAUGUUUCCCGGAUUGCAGAAGUGAUGAAAGCUGUACAUGAUAGGCAGUUUGGCAAUGCAGAAGAAAUAGAAGCUAGGGAAGGUGUUACCGGAGAGGAUCCUGACCUUACCACCAUAGUUUCUCAUGAGACCUAUGCCAACAUGUAUGGACCUACAAUUGGUGAUCGAAUACGGCUUGGUGACACUGAAUUAUAUGCAGAAAUUGAAAGGGACUUCACCAUGUACGGUGAUGAAUGCGUAUUUGGAGGUGGAAAAGUUCUGAGGGAUGGAAUGGGGCAGGCUUCUGGACAUCCUUCAUCUGAUUGCCUGGAUACUGUCAUCACAAAUGCUGUGAUUGUUGACUAUACAGGAAUAUAUAAGGCAGAUAUUGGAAUAAAGGGAGGAUUCAUUAUAUGCAUUGGGAAAGCAGGCAACCCAGAUGUCAUGGAUGGUGUAUCAUCUAAUAUGACAAUAGGGGUCAACACUGAGGUUGUUGCUGGAGAAGGAAUGAUUGUAACUGCAGGAGCCAUAGAUUGCCAUGUCCACUUCAUAUGUCCUCAAUUGGCCUAUGAAGCAAUAUCAAGUGGUAUUACGACAUUAGUGGGAGGAGGAACCGGACCUGCAGAUGGGACACGUGCAACAACUUGUACACCUGCACCAUUACAAAUGAAACUUAUGCUUCAGUCAACUGAUGAAAUGCCACUCAACUUUGGCUUCACUGGGAAGGGGAAUAGUGCCAAUCCAGAUGGAUUGCCUGAAAUAAUCAGGGCAGGAGCAAUGGGUUUGAAGCUGCAUGAAGAUUGGGGAAGUACACCUGCUGCAAUAGACAAUUGUCUAAGUGUUGCAGAAGAAAAUGACAUCCAGGUCAAUAUCCAUACUGACACCUUAAAUGAAUCUGGAUGUGUGGAACACACAAUUGCAGCUUUUAAAGAAAGAACUAUCCAUACUUACCACAGUGAAGGUGCAGGUGGUGGUCAUGCUCCAGAUAUUAUCAAAGUGUGUGGUCUGAAGAAUGUCUUGCCCUCAUCAACAAACCCAACACGACCAUUUACAACCAAUACUGUAGAUGAGCACCUUGAUAUGUUGAUGGUUUGCCAUCACCUUGAUAAGGACAUUCCAGAAGAUAUAUCAUUUGCUGAAUCUCGCAUACGAGAAGAAACAAUUGCUGCAGAAGACAUUUUGCAUGACAUGGGAGCCAUCAGCAUUAUAUCUUCUGAUUCACAGGCUAUGGGUCGUAUUGGAGAGGUUAUAACCAGGACAUGGCAAACCGCUCACAAAAUGAAGGCGCAAAGAGGAUCAAUUGAUCAAAGUGAUACACUUAAUGACAACUUCCGAAUCAAACGAUACAUUGCAAAGUACACCAUAAAUCCUGCAAUAGCUAAUGGAUUUUCUGAAUAUGUUGGUUCAGUUGAGGCUGGGAAGUUAGCAGAUCUUGUUCUAUGGAAGCCUUCAUUUUUCGGAGCAAAACCAGAAAUGGUGAUCAAAGGUGGUGCAAUUGCUUGGGCUAAUAUGGGUGAUCCAAAUGCAAGCAUCCCCACUCCUCAACCGGUGAUGAUGAGGCCCAUGUUUGGGGCAUUUGGCAAGGCUGGAAGCUCAAAUUCCAUUGCAUUCGUCAGCAAGGCUGCUAAGGACGCCGGAAUAGAAAAAGAGUACGGACUGAAGAAGAGGGUGGUAGCCGUGGGCAAUGUGCGGAGGCUCACAAAACUGGACAUGAAGCUCAAUAGCGCACUUCCAGUAAUAGAUGUGGACCCGGAGAAGUACACCGUGACAGCAGACGGCGAGGUACUCACCUGCACUGCAGCCACCACGGUUCCUCUGUCCAGGAAUUACUUCCUCUUUUAAUUUUAUUUCUCAAACUGCUUACAACUGCCAAAGCUAAUGAAUAACUAACCAAUGCUCGAAAUUCUCCAUUCCAUUC